AUGUCAGACCCGAAUCAAUGGGCUACAGUUUCAAACGUCUGCUAUUUCAUCCGAGGCGGUUACUACGGGACGGCCCUGUGGUAUUGUGAGGAUUCCUUGAGAAAUGGAAGAGAUGAGGAAAUCAAUCUCCUGCGUGGCUGUAUCUUUGUGUUAUUGGACAAAACAGCAGAAGGGAUGCGGCAAUUGGAAAAUUUAUGCAUCGGCAGCUAUUCGCUAGGCGCGCUGCUUGCAUUGAAAUUUGCACAUCAAAAGGCGAAGAACCCGGAUAAGGAAUCGCUAAAGGAAAUUGACGAAAAGAUUGCGAAGGAGAAAAAGAAGGCUAGCUCGGAAAAUAAUUAUGGGGCUGGAAUGGUUCUAUAUUUUCUUGGGAUUCCGGCGAAGGCAAAACCAUAUGCCGACAAGGCAAUUGAGAGUUCUUCUAAUAUGCCGAAGUACAUUUGCUUGCUUGGCUGGAUCGAACGAUCGCUAGGACGUGAACUAAAAGAAUCGGAGCAAUAUUUCGAACAAGCUAAAAAAGGCGGAUAUCUGGACGCCUAUAUUGGUGUGGCCAUGAUUUAUUCAGAUCGUCAUUUGCCUCAAGAAAUGGCGAUUACCGCUCAAGAAGCUUUUCGAGAAAAUGGAACCUUCAUCCCAGCAGUUCUGGAAUUAGCUCGGGCACUUACAAUUUCUGGACAAUGGGAUCAAAUCUCUUCUCAAUUGAAUAAUGCACUAAUUAUUCAGCCCGAAUGCGUGCCUGCUCAUCUUUACUUGGCGAUAUGGGCAGUUUGCAUCAAGGGGAAUCAGAGUGAUAUAGAAGCUUGUCUCGGCGAUCUAGCGCAAGCUGUUGAUGCUAUUGAACCCGGGAACCAUCACCUAGCCUACACAUUGGCCGAUAUUUUUAUCAGAUGCGCUGUCAAAAUCCCAUCCAUUGCGAAAUUUUGCAAAGUUUUGCUCGAAAAAGCCCUAUCGUUAAAGAGGAGCCCUGAAUAUUUAGCUCUUGCAAUCCGAGUUUUGAUUCAAAGUGAGGACAUAAAAGGCGCUAUGGCCAUCGCGAAGGAAUUGGUGAUGUUGGAGAGUGAUGAUCCGAGAGCUGUUAUGGGCAUCGGUCUCUGCUAUCUAGCCAGCGGGAAGGCUGAUGAUGCCGCUAAUCAGUAUGCUUUUAUCAAAGAAGCGCAUCACAAUAUGAGGGAAAAUCCACUUUUUAUGUUCCUUGGAGCCUUGGUGGCAAAAUACAAAGACAAUUCCUUCGAUCACUUCUUUGCAAAUAUCAAAAAUGUGGUUGAUACACAUAUUGCCAGCGUUCCGAGCAACGCUUCUGGGGAAAAGCUUAUAAAGGCCCUAGAUCCAGCAUUUAUGGUAGAUAUUGUUGUCCAGCUCCUUGAUUAUGCUCCCCCAGUGCCCAGCAAGUCUCCAGACAAUAUCCUACGUGAAGCUGAGCGUAUUCUAAGUGCUGUUCAUGCUCAUUGCCCAGGAAUCACUGAAGUCACCUUCCUACUCGCGAGGGUAAAAUGGCUUGGGGGUGACAGUGAUGCGGCUGAAAAACUGGUCGAAAACUGUUUGGACCGUAAUGAAACCCUGGCUGACGCAUAUUUGCUCAAGGCCCAGAUAAAAGUAGAGAAAGGGAGGGUUGAGGAAGCUGAAUUGUGCUUGGAUACUGGUUUGAGCUUUAAUUUUGCGGUUCGGGACAGUUCACUUUAUCACUUGAUCAAAGCGAAAGUGAUGAAGAAAAAGCAUGAAGAAGAAAAAGCGGUUGACAUGCUAAAAGCUGCACUUCGUCUGCCAAAUACGGCGUCAAAAACUGGCAACAAUUUCCUAGCACGAGAGAAGAGCGAGGAUAUGAACAAGAUCUCGAUUCAUUUGGAGCUUGUCGACUCGCUACAAACUUUGAAGAAGACAGAUGAAGCCGAACAAAUGAUGAAAGAGGCGCAAAAGCAGUGGGAAGGGCAGCCGGAAGCAGAACAGUUGCUGUUAAUUCAUGCCCAGAUUUUGGUGGCCAAGAAUGACCCAGAUGGAGCCAUUCAUAUUUUAUCAAAAGUUCAACCGCAUCAAUCAAACUAUCAAGCCGUACGUUCAAAAAUGGCGCAAAUAUACCUAGAAGAAAAGAAAGAUCGACGAAUGUUUACGAUAUGCUUCAAAGAACUAUUGGAAAGUGAUCCGAGCCCAGCAACUUAUGCAUUACUUGGUGAUGCAUAUAUGAAAGUACAAGAUCCAAACAAAGCGAUUGAUGUCUAUGAAAAGGCCUUGAAAGCCAAUCCAAAGGAUCAUGCCCUUGCUCAAAAGAUUGGUGAAGCAUAUGUCCAAUGCCACUUGUAUUCCAAGGCCGUAAAUUACUACGAAGCCGCUGUAAAAUCCGGGAAGGACAGUCAAAUGAGGCUGAAGCUGGCAAAUUUGCUUUUUGAGCUGGGGAAUACAGAAAAAUGUGAAAGAGUUCUGAAGGAACCGAUUGAAAGAGAUCCGAAUCCUACAGAUUCUGCCACAAUGACAGCCCAUGUGUCGUAUUGGAAUUUGCUAUCAAAGCUGCAUUUUGAAAAAGGAAAUUGGCAUGAGGCAACGGAAGAUCUAGGAAGGGCCAGAUCGAUUCAACUUCGAAUCCUAAGCAAAGGAGAUGGAAAUACGCUACAGAUGAGGAGAGAGGCUGCUAGAAUUUGCUGCAAGCUGGCUGAACUCUAUACAAACCGGCGUGAUCUCCCCAAAGCUGUGGAAUUGUAUAAAGAAGCCGUCCAGUUGAAUGAGACCGAUGUGAAGACAAUCCUCGCCCUAGCCCAGCUGUAUCUUAUGAUGGGGAAGCUUCAUCUAUGCAACCAGCAAUGCCAAAUAGCUUUAAAUAUCGAUAAGAAUAAUGAUGAAGCCACUCUGAUGAUGGCCGAUUUGCUCUACAUGAAAAAUGAGGGAGAGCAGGCGGUUGUUCAUUUCUCACAACUUCUUGAUAGAUAUCCUACUCAUUAUCAUGCGCUUGCUAGGACCAUCGAGUUAUCAUGGAGAUCAGGGGAUGUUGAUAUGGCUGAGAAACAACUUGAUGCGGCUCUUGAAUUCAACCCCCGCUGUACGAUUGAUGCAGGCUAUAAUUAUUGUAAAGGGCUGCAUGAAUGGUAUUGCGGAGAGCCUAAUAAUGCCUUGCAAGCCUUUAACAGAGCUAGACGAGACUUGGAAUGGGGAGAACGCGCUAUCUACAACAUGAUAGAAAUUUGUCUGAACCCAGAAAACGAAGUGAUAGGUGGUGAAGUGCUAGAGCAAUCGGAAGAAAAUCGUGAAAUCGGGUGCCAGACCGCUGAAAAAUUUUUGAAGGAGCUACGGUAUAAACCGGGGCUCGAUCAGCGCUAUAAUCUGAUGGAGAAUUAUAUUCUCAUGGCCAGCCGGAAUAAGGCUUCAAUGCAACAGGCUGUCAAUAAUUUGUUGGAAAUUGUUGGGCCGGAAGGGGAAACCGUUCGAUCAGUGGGAGCUGUACUUGGCGUAGCUCGAGGGUACAUGCUAAUGAAGCAGACGCCAAAGGCGAAGCAGGUUUUGAAAAGGGUACUUGGCCAUCCUUGGACGUUGGAUGAUGCCGAUUUUUUGGAGAAAUGUUGGCUUCUCCUCGCCGAUCUUUACAUCAGCCAAAAUAAAUCUGAUCAAGCCACCGCUGUCCUCAGAACCGUUCUGCAAAGAAAUGCUAGUUCUAUCCGAGCUUUUGAAUUUAUGGGCUAUUUAAAAGAGAAAGAACAAAAAUGGUUAGACGCCGCAUCAAAUUAUGAAGACGCUUGGAGAUUGUGUCGACACCGUAACCCGAUCAUUGGCUACAAAUUAGCAUAUAACUUGAUGAAAUGCAAGAAGCUGUUUGAUUGUAUCGAGAUCUGCCAUCAAGUCCUCGAGCACUUCCCGACAUAUCCGAAAAUCAAGCGUGAAAUUAUGGACAAAGCCAGGAUGAUGAUUCGGACC